AUGUCUCUAUCAAGCUCUCCAUAUCUAAUCAACACCGCCGGCGUCAUCGGUCACCUUCUCAUCCUAGGCGGUUCGGGGACAAUCUUCAGCCCACGCUCUGCAAUCGGCGCAUUCGGCCUCGACCAACCCUCCACACCAGAAGCUGCAAAACUAGUCGAUCUACUCAUCCCUCUGUACGGGUUCCGAGAGGUCUCCCUUGGAUUAUCCAUGGUCGCCGUUUGGCGAUACGGCAACAUCAAAACACUGGGGUGGACGACUAUGGCGGUUGUGGUUACUGCGUUGGGUGAUGGGUGGAUAGCAAGAAAGCAGCAAAGAGGUCUGGAGUGGGUGCAUUGGGGGUUGGCGCCGAUUGCGUUGGGUUUGGGGGCUGGGUUGCUUGGGUACCUUGAUUGA